AAGAGAGAGAGAGAGCAGGGAAAGGCUGACAGGGCAGCACUUGGCUUCUGAGCCAGGAGGGGGAGGGGGAAAGCCCCACUUCCCAGUGGGUCCCAACGAGCUAGAGGUGAAAAGCCAAGCCAGGGGGUGCCCUAGCCCUCCGACAUCACCAAAGGUGUGGGUGUGAGCCGGCCCGCAGGAGAGGGGAGGAGACUCCAAUGUUUAAACUUCCCAGCCCCGGUGGCUUUGGCAUGCUGGAUGGAGCCAAGGGGGAGCAGCUAAGGCGCUAGACCCGGCUCUUGCAGAGGACAGGCAGCUCCGCCGGCGUGGAGAAGCCCAGCGUGGAAGGCGGACCGCAGGGAGGACUGGGGCUUGCUGGACCGGAUUGAGGACUGCAGGGUCCUUGGGCAGGAGUGGGCAAUAACCAACCCCCCCUCCCAGCAGUGCAGCGUUGCAGUUAAACUGGAGCUAACUUGGUAACCUGCCCCCCCAGGUCACCCCACUCUGGAUUGUGUCGGGGCCCGGCCUUGCUUCGCGCCGCGAUGUAUCAGAGCCUGGCCAUGGCCGCGAACCACGGCCCCCCAGCCUACGAGGGGGCCGGGGGGUUCAUGCACGGCGGGGCGGCCGCCUCCCCCGUCUACGUGCCCACCACCCGGGUCACCUCCAUGCUCCCCAGCCUGCCCUACCUCCAGAGCGGCGGCUCCUCCCAGCAGGCCAGCCCGGCCUCCAGCCACUCCAUCUGGACGCAGCCCGGCGCCGAGCCCGCCGCCUACAACCCCGGAGCCUCCCACCCGCCCGUCUCGCCCCGCUUCUCCUUCUCGCCCGGCGCCUCCCGGGAGGCCGCCCCGUACAGCAGCCCGCUGAGCCGGGAGCAGUACGGCCGGGGCUUCGGGGGCUCCUACUCCGGCCCCUACCCCGCCUACAUGAGCCCGGAGAUGGGCACCACGUGGAGCGCCUCGCCCUUCGACAGCCCCAUGCUGCACAACCUGCCCAACCGGGGCGCCGCGGGAGCCGCCCGCCACGCCAACCUCGCAGAGUUCUUUGACGACUAUUCUGAGGGGCGAGAAUGCGUCAACUGUGGAGCCAUGUCCACCCCACUGUGGAGGAGAGACGGCACGGGCCACUACCUGUGCAACGCAUGCGGGCUCUACCACAAGAUGAACGGCAUCAACCGACCGCUGAUCAAACCCCAGAGGCGGCUGUCCGCCUCCCGCCGCGUUGGGCUCUCUUGUGCCAACUGUCAUACGACCACGACCACGCUGUGGCGCAGAAACGCUGAAGGCGAGCCGGUCUGCAACGCCUGCGGACUGUACAUGAAACUCCACGGGGUCCCAAGGCCUUUAGCAAUGAGAAAAGAGGGGAUUCAAACGAGGAAACGUAAGCCGAAGAACCUUAACAAAUCCAAGACACCAGCAGGGCCAUCCAGUAGUGAGAGUCUUACCCCCACCACCAGCUCCACCAGUAACACCAACACCACCACCAACACCGAGGAAAUGCGCCCCAUAAAGACGGAACCGGGGCUUUCAUCUCAUUAUGGGCACCCGAGCCCUAUUUCUCAGGUAAUGACGCAGGAAGAAAAGAUCAAGAGAUAUGACAAAGAUGUGAACUUUAAUGCAUUCUCAGUCACCGCGAUGUCUGGGCACGGAUCUUCUAUUCACCCUGCUAUUUCAGCCCUGAAGCUUUCCCCACAGGGCUACCAGUCAGCCAUGAGCCAACCUCCACAGGCCAGCUCCAAACAGGACUCCUGGAAUAGCCUGGUGUUAGCCGAAAGCCAUGGAGACAUCAUAACUGCAUAAUCUCUUCCUCCUCCCAUGGACUUCAGGCUCACCCGCAUGAGAUACAAAGAUGCCACGUAAUAAUCAAGCAAAAGCUGUUUGCUUUUUUCCCUUUCUCCUCGAGGGAAAUAUGAUGGGAUUCUGGAAGAACAAUUCCAUACGGCAUUAUAAAGAGGACUUCCAGGAACAGCUAAUCCUAAAUAAGCAGAGAAGACCCAGUUUCAGAAUAACAGUGGCUGAUCUGAAUCUUUCCCUUUUAAAAAAAACAGAUUGUAACCACUUUCUAUGAAACAGCUAGAAACAAAGACAGGACUCAGGUGUUUUUUAAACUUCUGGCUUUGACAUCUCGGACAGCGAUGGCACGGAGACACUUUCUUCUUCUCACCAUCCAUUCAUUUCCUAACCAGGUCAGCCCAGGAGAAAAUGCCAUCACCUUGUUAUAGCCCAAAGGCAGAGAUUUGAUGACCUUCCAUUCAGCGAAGCCGGCUCCAGGACAAUUUGUUGCGUAGACUUAAUCUGACACAACUUUGGCUGCUUUCGUGGAUUUUAAUACCGUGAUUCAGUUUAAGAAGAAAGAAGAACUCCGCUCACACAUCUACCAAAACCUCCAAAGCUUUGUUUUCAUGUUAGCAAGGAGUCAGAGAUCCGAACCAUUGUACUUAUUUAACAGGAACGAUUUUAUCUUUCCCAAUUAUGGGAUCGUGUUUCCAGAAGGCUGAGCCUGGAGAAGGUCUCCGAGCCAGACCUAACGCUUCGGUGAAAGUCUUUGCGAGUUGCGGGGGAAGAGACCCAGAGAGUUUAUGAAAAACAUGGCGGAAAAUGUUGGAUUCUGCCCUUUGAGAUAGCGAGGAGCCUGGCUCGAGGAUCCCUAGAACAGGGGAGCACUGUGAUUGCUGCCGUAACAUGGUGCUGCAAUUGUGUAUGACCCUGUGGCCUAUCACAAUUAAUUAUUUUACAGUCUUUCUGAUGUCCGUUGCCAUUGAUAAAUCUGAUUUUCUUUUUUCCAAGGCAGUAUCUGCCUUUUACCCCAAACGCGGACCUGUGUCCCUCCCCCACGUCCAAUCAAAGCCAAUUAGCAAUUCAGCUUUCCUAAAGGCAUCACCAUGGGCAGAAAGCUGCUUUGUGAUCAUCCACUGUGUAACUGAACAUCAUAGGCAGGGAAAAUCUCGUCGCCAGCUACGCAUGAGCACACAGCUGUGAUGCCCGUGGGACAAGCUUAAUUACAUGUAUUUUUUAAAUAUGAAGAGACUAGUGUUGUCUCCCCACAAGGCCCAGAAGAGUGGCUGCCCCAUGGAGAGCCAGCCCUAUUUGUCUAGGCAGAGAACUUCUUGGGGCCCUUUUGAUCAACCAAACAGGUUCCCCCAUCUCCUUCUCUCCCCCUCAGCUCUCAGGCACCCAUCUCUCCUCUCGUCUGCCCAACCUUUCUAUCUGUCCUCCUUAGAGUCAAAACUUGACUAUGUAAAGCACUAAAAGAAAAUAUAGAGGGGGGAGAGAUUGUGCCCCCCAGAUCCAUAUACAAAGGGGUCCUCGGUGUGUGAGUCUCUCCUGAACAGACGGGGUGGAGGUGGCCCCUAAGCUGUCGCCAUGGCAACAUUCCCCAUCUCCCUCCAACCCUGCAAAGGCCUCUCUGUAGGUUUGAAGUCAACACCAGGUAGGGUGACCAGAUGUCCCGAUUUUAUAGGGAUAGUCCAGAUUUUUGGGUCUUUUUCUUAUAUAGGCUCCUAUUGCCCCCCAUCCCUGUCCCGAUUUUUUACACUUGCUCUCUGGUCACCCUAACACCAGGGUGAGUGGGUGGGAACGCAAUGGCCAGAGAUGGGGCUGUGGACAGACAAAGGGCUGUUUUGUCUCUCCACUGCAACUUCCCUGGCUGGUGCGAUGCCCCUUUAAGGGGGUGUUGCUGGGGCAGGCGCAGCUGGGGAGAUGCUAAUGGAGCUGUGCUGACAGGGACUGGGAGCAAGGGGUGCAGCAUUGCAGUGGAAGCGUGGACCCUUCCAGUUCUCCUGGGAUCUGAAUAGAUCCUUGGAGAUCCACAGGGUUUCUGGAUGGGUUCCACAGCUGAUUGCAGGUGGGUGGUAACUGCACCCCCUGGUGGCGGAACAAUGUGGCAGGAGAUCCUUGCGGUGUUUUUCUCACCAUGAGACACCUCCCAUAGGGUAUCCUGCAGUAGGGUGGGCAUGAUCCAGCCAAUAAUAAGGAACAAUCCUGCACAGGGCCCACGGGAAUGGAUUCCAUGACCUGCUAUGUCUUUUCCAUCUCUAACUUCUAAGAUUCCCAGAGUCUCUAUCUCCAUCACCCCUCAUCCUCUUACCUUGCAAGGACCGGUGUCAAGGUUGGUCUGAUUAACAUCUUCAUUAAUGAUCUAGAAGAGGCAGUACAUGAGGUAUUAAUAAAAUCUGCAGAUGAUACUGAAUGAUCUACCGCUCAUAGUAAGUUGUGAAUGCUAGUGAGGACAGAAAAACAAUACAGACGGUACUAGGCCUAAUUAAAUAUAUGGGAGUUUUUCUGUUGACUUCAGUGAGCUUUGAAUCGGGCCCAUAGCGAGGUUAAAAACAUGGUCAGAAAAGACCAACAGGGCAUUCAGGCUGGAAAAAUACAAGCUCAUCCACCUGGGGGGGAAAUAACACAAAAGACAAUGUGAUUUUGAGAUGACUGCACAGAGGCAGCAAACAGCUGACAGCAUCUCCCUGAGCAUGGGUGUGGUUCUUCUGGCUAGGAUCUUCUUUCACUGGAUCCUUCAGCCAGCCUUCUCCCUGAGUAACAGCACCUCUUUCAAUCUGGUGAACUCGCUGUCCACCUGUGCCUGAAACUGCCCUAGACAUUCCUUUCCCUGAGAGAGAUGCACACUCACACAAACACACCUUGAACUUGACCUAAAGUAAUGCCAACAUCCGGGGACAUUUUAAAGUAGGUUGGGCAAAACACUAGUAAAUGUAGAAGUUCAAGUAUCGUACCUUGAUGGGGAGCAGGGCUAGAUGGUCUUCUAGCUGCUUGCCAUCUCUGGAAUCUAAGACCCAAAGCAAACAGAAAGUUCCUUUCUCUCUGUGAGUCCAUUCAAUGGUUUGCCCCUGCCCGUCCUUCAGGUCUGGGGGGAGAUUUUGGAGCUAGGGCUAGGACUCUUCUGGAAAAGCAAUGCGUAAGGGAGUUUUUGAGGGUCUUUUCACGAAGAGACGUAGCCACCUGUGAAGCAGGGAGCUUUGGGGGCAUGAGGAGAGCAGUUUUGCUACGGUUAGCAGAAAAGUGAAUUGUUUCAAUAUUCUUCAUGUAUCCUUAUUUCUCUCUCCGUUGUACACAGCAGAAGUACAGAUGAAUCAAGAGAGCUUCUUGUUCUACUGCUCUCUUAAAUCAUCCAACACUGCUCUCAGAUAUUUUAGAUCCACAGCCCUAGACUACUUCCCACCCAAUAGCGUUGUUCUUAAUCAAGUUUAUGAUGGUAGUGCCUAGGGAUCCACCGAGAAUGGGGCCUCAUUGUACUAGGCGCUGCAUAAACCCAGAGUAGCAGACAGUCCCUGUCCCAAAGAGCUCACAAUCUAAAUAGCUGUUAGACAUUAGCUAGAGACUAAGCUAAUUAUUAUUCUUAUUUAUUAUUUGUAUUAUUUUAGCUCCUAGGAGCCCCAGUCGUGGACAAGGACCUGGUUGUGCUAGGUGCUCUACAAACAGGAUGGGAAAUCAACAUAUUAAUUCAAACGCAAGGCUUCCAAGUAAUUAGUCUGCGAAAGCCAGCAGUGGGCUGAAUGUCAGUUGCAAGAUCUAGGACCAUGUACAGAUCCUUCUGCAGGUCGUAGAGACUUCAGCAGGGGGUGAUGUUGAGGAAGGCGAUCAUAUUUAUUAGGCUGAUGAAUCCUAGAAAUGGGGGAGAUCUGAGAAACCUCCUAAGAGGUGUUAUGAAGCAAUGAGGUCAGAGCGCAACGGCCUUCGGAGGUUUGCUACAGCCCAUUGUAAAGCAAGGGUCCAUUUAUAAAUUGGGGGGGGGGGGUGUUUGUCUUUCAGCCACUCCCUUCUUUAGUUUGGAGGGGAGGGGGUUGGAUCCAGAGUUGCGGGGAGCGGGGAUUUGCUUGUUUUGGUUUUGGUUCUGGCCCAUCUCUAAUUACAAUAAGAUGAGCAGGUUACUGAAAGCUUAUAAAGACAAGAUUAUUUAUUAUUUGUAUUACAGUAUGAUCAGUGGUCUCAAUCAGGGCCCCAUUGUGUUAGGCGCUGUGCAAAAAACAGAGCACCCUAUCCUGCCUUAAAGAGCUUAAAAUUGGAAGGCCCCGAUCUUGCAAACACAUAAGCACAUGCAUAAAUUCACUCAUGCGAGUAGCCCCAUAAAAAUCAAUGAGGUUCCUCACGUGAGUAAAUUUAUAUAUGUACUUUAAAGGUUUGCAGGAUCAGGGUCUAAGCUGCAAAUACCAGUAGGAUCAGACCUCUGCUAUGGGCCCUUUGGCAAUCUAGGGACAUGCGGAGAAGGUAUCCAUGGUGGACACUGGUGGGUUAGAAAGGUCAUUUACCAGUACUAAUUGUCUUUCCUCUUUGUGAAAGUGCAAUAUCUUUAAUCACAUGCAUUUUUUUAUCAGAAAAGAUCUGUAUUUCGAUUGCAGUCUUACUGGCUGAUUGGAACGUCUCUGAUCAGGAAGCGUUAAGGAAUUUUGAAGGGGAGUUGUAAUGCUGAUCAACAAUUCUUAAUGUAACUCUGAAGCUGUGACUAUGUUGUGGGGUUUUUUGUUUUUGUUUUUCCUUUUGUAAAGUUUGAUGCUUCCCAAACUCAUCGGGAAGGUCCCCAUGAAAACAGACACUUAUUUGUAAGGGGGGUGGGGGUAAAUGAACAAGCUGUAAUUAUUUAAAGAUGUAAAAAAAUAUAUAUUAUGAAUUAGUAUGGCUACCAAUCCACAUAACUUCUACACCUUUCGAACUAAUGGAAAUAAAACAAUGGUAAUAAAAA